UUCCUAAACUGCUAAACAGUCGGCGUCCAUGUCUCCUCCAUCAAUGGCGGGGGAAUCUCUACUGUUGAACACUACACGGACAAUCAAGCGGGGCUGCUGGUGUUGUUCUUACCAACAGUCAUACUUAAUUCAUUGUAGGUGAUGAGGAUCGCGAUUAUUAAACGGAUUUAUUGGCAGGAUAAGCGUACUUGCAUCUGGCAAUGGCGCUUAAACCACGCAGCAUCCAGUAUCGUGCUUCCUCCUAACGAACCUUCAGUUUCAAACCAUCAAUUGUUACUCCGUUCUCUGGAAGAAUGCAAAUUUUCAACUAAUUCAACAUCUGUUAGUGGAACACAUGCAAGAAUCAUUAAACUCGGGUACCAGACAUGCCCAUCUCUCACAUCACUUCUGGUUACUACAUAUCUAUCUUUCAAUCUUCUCUCUUUUGCUCGUCAAUUACUUAAUGAAGUUCCUUAUCACAAGUUCAAUGUAGUUUCAUGCAAUUUGAUCAUUGCAAGUUUCAUGAAAAUGGGAAACAUUGAUAUUGCCAAGAAAAUAUUCCGUAAAAUGCCCAAACGAGAUUUAAUAUCCUGGAACUCAAUGAUAGGAGGUUUUGUUAAGAAUGUACAAUUUCAAGAGGCAUUUGGGAUCUUCAAAAAGAUGUUAAGUUCAAACAUAGAGCCAGACAAAUUCACAUUUUCAUCCAUAAUCACUGCAUGUGCUCGUGUUGGAGCUUUAGACCAAGCUAAAUGGAUACAUGGUUUGCUAACCGAAAAAAGAAUCGAACUCAAUUUUAUUCUGAGUUCUGCACUUAUAGACAUGUACUCAAAAUGUGGUAGAAUUGAAACAUCAAAAGCAAUUUUUGAAAGUGUAAGACAUGAUCAUGUUUCUGUUUGGAAUGCCAUGAUCAAUGGUCUAGCAAUGCAUGGUCUUGCCAUGGAUGCAAUUGAAACUUUCUCAAAGAUGGAAGCUGACAAUUUUUUACCUGAUCAAAUUACUUUCAUUGGAAUCUUGACUGCAUGUAGCCAUUGUGGGUUGACUCAACAGGGUCGCGAGUAUUUUGACCUAAUGAGAACAAAAUACAAAAUUACACCACAACUUGAACAUUAUGGAUCAAUGGUUGAUCUGUUUGGGCGAGCUGGGCUUCUAGAAGAAGCUUAUGAAGUGAUUCAAGAGAUGCCAAUGGACCCUGAUGUUGUUAUAUGGAGGGCAUUUCUUAGUGCAUGUAGAACACAUAGAAAUCUUGAGUUAGGUGAAUUUGCAGUUGCAAAAAUAUCAAAUCUUGAUAGUGGAGAUUACGUGUUACUCUCAAACACAUAUUGUUCAGUAAAUAAAUGGGAUAAAUCUGAAAAAGUGAGGAGUAUGAUGAAAAGGAAUGGUGUUAAUAAAAGUAAGGGAAAAAGUUGGAUUGAAGUUAAUGGAGUCAUUCAUCAAUUUAAAGCAGGAGAUAAAUCACAUUGUGAAACGGAAUCACUCUACAAGGUUCUAGAAGCAUUGAUUGGGCGUAUUAGACAUGAAGGAUAUGUUCCUGUUACAGAAUUGGUUUUAAUGGAUAUAUCUGAAGAGGAAAAGGAGGAGAAUCUGAAUUAUCAUAGUGAAAAGUUGGCAUUGGCUUAUGGGAUACUAAAAUCAACCCCUGGAUCUGAAAUUAGGGUUUCAAAGAAUUUAAGGACAUGUCUUGAUUGUCACUCUUGGCUGAAAUUGGUUUCUAAAGUAUUGAAAAGGGUGAUUAUUGUAAGGGACAGGGCCCGCUUUCAUCACAUAGAAGAUGGUGUUUGUACAUGUGGUGAUUAUUGGUAACUGUUUGCCUCCAUAAAUUUCUGGAAGUUGACUCUCAUCAAUGUCUUUCAGAAGUGUUGACUUCAGCUCCUUAUUUUCAACAAAUAUGAUCUGCAAUGUAAGGUAAACAUAAAUUCCAUUAUACUUUUGUACAUGAUCUUAUUGUUUGCACCAUGGAUGACUUCCAUAUGAAGGUGUUUACUUUAGGAUGUAGACAAUCUUACCUUUUCCCUUGUUUUUUUAUUGAUAAAAGGAUAAAUCAUCUUCCAUGCUGCCAUAAAUAUGUAAGGAACAUGCACAAAAAACAUUUUUCCAAGUCUUUCUGGAUAAUACUCCUGUCAUAAACAUCAUUUUUUACAUCAGAAAAUAAACUUAUACUAGGACUAUAUGCAAGAAAUAGCAACAUAUUUUUUUAUUUAUCUGUGUAUUAUAUCAUCCUGCUUUCAUUUCUUCCUACUAAUACAUUAUACAGUUAUUUUUUUCCUUAUUAAGAGUUUAAGAAAAAAAUUCUACCCAAUUAUAACAAGUGAAAGUAAGUUGCUAUUUCUUGCAUAUGAAUAUAAAAUAUACACUACAUAAAUACCUGCAAAAUAGAGAUGGAGGCAAGAUAUGCACGUAUAUCACUGUUUGAAUAUCCCCAUCCUUCAACAUCUGCAAUAGCAACAAACUUUUCCUGUCCAGCUGGCAUCCUGAUAUAUUCAUUUAACAAAAAUCGGUUAUCCAGUAUUUUUCUAGAUAAUAUUAGUCAAAAAUCGGUUAUUGAGUAUUUUUUUAGUUCCAAUAUAGUCAUACCUUGAAGUUAUUCUUUCAAAAGUGAAAGUCACGAAACCUGUGAUUAAUCACAAAUUAAUUAGAAAAAGUAUUGAAAAUAUAUAUAUAUUGUUAAGUAAUAAGUUAAAGAACAUACGCUUGAAUUCUUCUAGACCUCCUAUUUUAUUUUGGUAAUGUUUGCCACCAAACACGAGUGUAAUCAAGCGUCCACUUCUAUCUGUUCCUUGCAUGAACAAUUUGUUUUGUGCUAAUUCAUUUGGGAUUUCAGAUACAGAAAUUGAACCAUUUGGAACAAAUGUUUUUCUCCAUUUAAUAAACUUUAAAAACAUAGCAGAAGCUUUGUCUACAUCCAGAUCUUGAGCACGAAGAAACCUUCUGAUUGUCAAAUCAUCAUACUCCUAAUAUACAAUUUUAAUUAUUACUCUUACUUUCUUGAUCUUAGCAUUCAAAAAAUCUAGAGAUUUAUUGAAUUAGAUGUUAAGAAGAACAGGAUACAGUGACUUGUACAUUAUGCAUUAAGACAUAUACCUUGGAGGUGGGAUCUUGCUUUUCGACUA